AUGUCAAUUAAACUCGAGGAUUUGCACAGUUUCAAUGAAGCGGUUUUAUUCAAAGGAGAGGAGGAUGAGGCACCAGCGCCUGUUCUGCUGCUUGAUAAAUAUCGCGUUCGUCUUGUACCGAUCACCGAGCUUCCUCUCGUUUCCAACUACUCGAAUACUUCACAGCUUGGUUUAAAUUCGGAAGAAGUUCUUGUCAUCGACUCUCCCAUCGAAUCGGCAGAGAAGCAGAAAACUUCAUCACUGUUGAAUAGAAGAGAAAAUAAGAAGACAAUCAAAUCUGAAAAGGAAGAUGAGUCCAUGGAUAUGGAAACCGCUGAAGGAGACAAGGAAAAUACUGUUUCUGAAACCGGAGGAGGACCCCUUGUCACCUCAUUUCUCACUUUGGAUAAACUAGAAAAGGAUGGAGUAAACGAUGUGGAGAUUGUUGGUCUUGAUUGUGAGAUUCAGUUUUUCGACGCAAAUCCGAUUCCGUUCGAGGAUGGAAUUUCUCUUCAGAGAUUUUUGAGACUGGAAAGUUCCAAAAAUUUCUCUGCUGCCGUUGAUAAAUUGCCUAUCUGGAUUUCAACAAUCGGUCACCACUUUCCAUCUGUCUGCUGGCUUGCAGCUGGACGAACCAACAAGAACGUACAAGUGUCUGGCGCUACUCGUAUUCUGGGUUAUUUUAAUGAAAACAGUCAGAAGCUAGUGAAGCAGUUGAAUGAAGCAUGCGGCGCAGCUCAAGUAAAUCGAUACCGUGCUGUUUAUGAUGUCAUUCGUAAAAUUGCAACUCCGACUCGGGAAGCGCCUGGUGAAGUCAUCAUUGAUAUGCGAUGGAAUACAAAGAGCAGUCUCGUUCUCUUGGAGCAGCCAGACAAUGCUGCUGAUUGCACUAUCAAAAUUGAUUUGGGAUGGGGAGACAAUCGGUUCUUUAUCGAUGAGACCAUCUUCGAACAACUGUUCUUCGUGCUAAAUCUUGCGGAUGUGCUUGCUAAUCCUGAGAAGGAAGUUGUGUUCCGAUCAGAGUCGGACAAGUUCGAUGAUCUCGUUCAAGAAAUGAAACAACUCGUUGAAGCUUGCUCUCAUGAAGACAACGUAUUUGCCUCAAAUGAGAAAAGCGAACAAGUGACCGACAAAGUUUGGAAUAUUGUGCGCAAGUGCAGCGACGUCAAACAAGCCACCAUGCUAUUCAAGAACUUUUUGCAAGCUCUGACAUACGGAAAAAUCAAAUCACAUGUCCAAGAAGGCAACAAAAGUCACUUAGCUUCGUUGAUUCGAGCUUCGAAAACAUGCGAUUUCAGAAUGCCAAUUCUCGAAAGGUUGAGCACUAUUGAAAUGAUGAUGGAAAUCGGAGUAGAAAGUCUUCGAGGACGUAUUAUCAACAAAUUUUCGGAUACCCUUCAAUUUCCAUCUGAUGAGCUCACAUUCAUUCUCAAAACAUGUGAAAAUGACUUGUCCACUCUAGAAGGAACUCUUCAUUCAAGCGUCGUGUCUCUUCUGCCUAUUACAAUGGCAAUGGCAACAAUUCAUCAAAUCUUCGGAUUCCUCAAUGUGAAGGAUCUUGUUGUUCUUCCUGACCUCGCUAGACGCGUUCUAACUAAGUAUACCACCGGUAUGGUCGAAAAAGCAAAACGAGGAGAGACAGAAACGGAUUACGUUUUCGAAACAACUCUACCACUUCUGCGCAUGAAUAAGGAAGCAUUUAUGCACAAGAGACCGCGCAUAUGGACUUGCGAGAAUACCAAUACUGUUGGAGCUAAUGUACAGACUCGUGCAAUGACUACGUUGGAAUUGGAACCUUCUCUAGAACAUGUCUGUCGUCUUGUCAAUGCAUCUCGACCAGUUCGUCCAAUCGAUGAAGACAACCGUAAACCUACUGAAGAAGAACGCAAUGCUGACUAUACCGUCUCUCACACCAUCUUCUCAUACCUCCCAAAACUUUGA